CCUACCACAUGGCACCUAGUGUGUACAUAUGUAUAUAGGAAAAAAUUUAAUACCGAAGUAUAGCAACUCAUUUCGGAACCGAUUUCGACUGAGUGGUGCUCUAACUGUGGAGUCACAAACACAUUCACCGACGCCGGUGUGCUACCAUACCAGUGCGGUUUUCGCGCCAAACCUAUUUGAAAUUAUAAUUUCUUUGCAAAUUGUAGUGAAUGUGGUAUUUAAUGGGUUUCGAUUAAAUCAGAUGCAAAACGGCCGUCUACACGCGUUCAAGUGUAAGUUGUGGUUUGCUGAAAGCGAAAGUAAAAUAAAUUACAGACGAGUACAUUGGCGAAUUUAACGAACAGUGGGGAAAAUUUGCUUUGAGAAGGUGAAAAUGAAGGCCAGUACAUUGGACAAAAUCUGCGCCUUUCUCGGCGAACUCAUUGGCACUGGGCUGCUGGUCUUCCUCGGAUGUAUGGGCUGUAUAAAAAAUAACACAUAUGAAAAUACUCACUUCCAGGCGACGUUCAAUUUCGGUUUGGUUGUUUUGGUUAUUAUUCAAUGUUUCGGCUGCGUCUCUGGUGCACAUUUAAAUCCGGCUGUGACCCUAGCUGCCUACAUUUAUAAUAUGGUGUCGCUAACGAUGGCUGGUGUUUAUUUUGUGGGGCAGAUGUUGGGUGGCUACAUUGGUUAUGGCUUAUUGAAGGCACUCAUCCCAGAGAGUGCCGUAGCGUUCGGUGGUGCUCAUCGCCUUUGCGUCACCACUGUUAAUACGGAAAUUUCGUCAUGGCAAGGAUGUGUAAUUGAAUUUAUAAUCACUGGUGUGCUAAUUUUGACUUGCUGUGGCGUAUGGGAUCCACGAAACUCCAAAUUUCAUGACUCUGUUGCAAUUCGUUUUGGUUUAGCCAUCUCGUGUUUGGCUAUCACAGCGGGUCAAUUCACUGGUGCCAGUAUGAAUCCAGCUAGGUCCUUUGCACCAGCAUUGUGGAACACGGACUUCACAGAUCAUUGGAUAUACUGGGUUGGUCCACUGGGAGGUUCUGCGGUGUGUGCCAUUGUCUAUAAGACGAUUUUCAGACGCGAAGUUUCUGAAGAUAAAGUGAACAACAAAUUGCGUGCAAUGGAAGAAGUGCCACUCUCGUAAGCCAAACAUAUCUGUCGAAAUACCAAAGAGCGAGUAAAACAAGCAAAUCGACAUUCUUACGGAUGUUGCAGAAUAAAUCGAACUUCUGGAGUAAUUAAUAUUUUAUUUUUAAUAAAGUUGUAUACUUAAGAAGAGCAUUUAUAAAGUCUACAAAGCAGACAAAUUUACUUUUUAAAUACCUAUAAAACCAAACCACAUGUGCUAAAGAUUUUGCCGCUUCUUGUAAACAAAAUAAAUUUAGUUCAAAAAUUUAGAUGAACUGUAACUAUCCCAA